AUGGAUCCCAAGGGCUCAAAGCAGACACAAGAGAUACCCAGCUUCUUGAGCCUCCCACAGCCUCAACAACAGCAGCAACAACAACAGCAGCAGCAGCAGCAGCAGCAGCCCAACAUGAGUGAGAACAAACCUGCUGAAAUCAAAGAUUUCCAGAUUGUGAUUGCAGACAAAGAAGAGGGGAAGAAGCAGUUGGCGCCCAAGAGAAGCUCAAACAAAGACAGACACACGAAGGUUGAAGGCAGGGGAAGGAGGAUACGGAUGCCUGCUCUGUGUGCAGCAAGAAUUUUUCAAUUGACCAGAGAAUUGGGCCACAAAUCUGAUGGGGAAACCAUACAGUGGCUUUUGCAGCAGGCUGAACCGUCGAUAAUUGCAGCCACCGGGACCGGUACGAUACCAGCAUCGGCUUUAACAGCGGCAGGAGGCUCUGUUUCACAGCAGGGGACUUCUCUAUCAGCUGGAUUGCACCAAAAGAUUGAUGAAUUGGGGGGGUCCAGUAUUGGGUCAGGGAGUAGGACCAGUUGGGCAAUGGUAGGUGGGAAUUUGGGGAGACCCCAUGUGGCCACUGGGCUAUGGCCCCCUGUCAGUAGCUUUGGUUUCCAGUCAUCAUCUGGUCCAUCAACAACAAAUCUGGGCAGUGAGAGUUCAAAUUACAUGCAAAAGAUUGGCUUUCCUGGCUUUGACUUGCCUGUCUCCAACAUGGGUCCUAUGAGUUUCACCUCAAUUUUGGGUGGUGGGAGUAACCAACAGCUUCCUGGCUUGGAGCUUGGGUUGUCUCAGGAUGGUCAUAUUGGGGUUUUGAACUCACAAGCCUUGAGCCAGAUUUACCAGCAGAUGGGGCAUGCUAGAGUACACCAGCACCAGCACCAGCACCAGCAACCUCCUGCUAAGGAUGACUCUCAAGGUUCAGGACAGUAG